AUGUUCACGAAGAGUUAUGUGUCAGAAUUCAAGCAUUGGGGACAAAAGAACUGGGUCAUUGAUGACAGUUUUGGAUUUGAAGAGUUGGGAGAUGGAAGAUGGCUCCUUGUUUGCCCAAGUUUACAAGAAACCUUGCGUAUUAAUCAGUUAAGCCACACCAGGUUCAGGGAGUUGCAUAUCACUUUUUCUUAUUGGAAUGAUUCCCUCGACACCACGACACCCACGUCGAAUGAUACCUGGAUCAUGGUCUUUGAUAUUCCAAUUCAUCUCAAAAGUGUUCACCUCUUCAAGGCCAUCGGUGACUUUCGUGGAGGCCUGAUCAAAAUCAAUUGGGUCUCUUGGUGCUCCCAUGCUGCACGAAUUAGAGUCCGAGCGUCUCGUGAUAUUCCGAACGAAUUUCACUCUUCUUUUGUUCACAAUGGUUCAAAAUCAAGGUUUUUGUUCCGCCGACGGUGUCUCUUGUCGGAAAGCACCGCCGAUCGUUGUUGA